UUGUUUUCUUGUCUGCCUGUACCAGUUGGAGAUGGACGAGCAAACUGGGUCGUCGUCGUCGUCGUCCUCGUCCAGUGCCGGUUCUGCGCUCGGCGUGCUGGAGCACCCGUUCCUCAAGGUGCCGUACGAGUCGCUCAACAGGUCCUUCCGCAACUCGCAGAAGCUGCUCGAGAAGGAGAUGGCGCACGUCGUUGCGACCUACGCCGACCUGCAGAAGCGCGCCGACGCAGCCAACCCCGCCUCGCGCCUCAGCGGCUCAGCGGCUGUCCAGGGCAUCGAGAACGUUGUGGCGCGUCUGCACAAGCUCAAACGCAAGGUCGAAGAGGUGCUGGGCAAGGAGGACCAGGACAUUCAGCGCUGCAAAAUCCGGCUCGACCAUCUGCAGCAGCAGCAGAGCGCCAAGACAAUCGGUGCUCCAGACCAGCAGCUCAUUUGGAACAUGACGCGACUCGAUCGAGUCAUUGUCGACCACUUGCUGCGGGAAGGUUAUGUCGAGACAGCCAACAAAUUUGCGACCGACAAUGGCAUUCUGGACUUGGUCGACGUCGACGUCUUUCUCGAAUCACGCAGCAUUGAAGAGGCCUUGCAGCGUCACGAUUGCACUGCUGCUCUGGCGUGGUGCAACGUCAACAAGUCUCGCUUGAAAAAGUCCGAGAGCGACUUUGAAUUCCACCUGCGUCGACAAGAAUUCGUCGAGCUGCUGCGAAGUGGCAAGCGCGCCGAAGCCAUUGCUCAUGCGCGCAAGCACAUGUCUCCGUUUUCUGACACCAACAUGCGCGACAUCCAAACUGCCAUGGGGUGCCUGGCCUUCCAACCCUCGACAGACUGCGACAGUUAUAAGCGACUGUUCGACUCGUCUUGUUGGAACGAUCUUGUCGAAGAGUUCCGACAUGACAGCUUUAUGAUCCACAGUCUUACAUCCCAAUCGCUUUUGAGUAUUUCGCUCCAAGCGGGUCUUUCAGCGCUGAAGACACCAAUGUGCUAUCAACACGAGGACAAGAAUCCAAACUGCCCUGUGUGCUCCACAACAAUCAACGAUUUGGCCCGAGAUUUGCCCUUCUCCCACCGCACUCAGUCGUGCAUUGUGUGCCGUAUUUCUGGCGAAGUCAUGAACGAGCACAAUCUCCCCAUGGCUCUGCCAAAUGGCAACGUGUACAGUUUCACGGCGCUUCAGGAAAUGGCACGCGCCAACAAUGGCAUCAUCACAGAUCCCCGCACCAAGCAAACCUACUCUGUCAGCGAGUUACGAAAGGUGUUUGUGCUGUGAGUGUGCCAAAGUUAUCGAAAUACACGCGAAUCCCCAACAACGACAGUACAA